AUCAAAAAGAUCAAAAAAAAAAUUUUCAAGCUAAAGAAAACAAGGUAUAUUUAGCUACACUUAUCUUAGAAGAAGAAACAAAAUUGUCAGAGUGUUUAAACUUCAAACAAAAUGAGCAAAAACGACAAUCG